AUGUUUGAUACUCGCGAAACCGCCUUGUUCGAGCCGAUUGAUCAUGAUAUUACACAACAGAGUGAAACGACACUAGUAGAGACCCAAGCAUCGGGAUGGAUGCGUCGAUCUAGCUUACGGGAACAUUUCCAGGUGUCAAACUAUCAUGGAGGUAAAAUAGCAACCUGUGUACAUUGCAGCAAAGUAUUCAAAGAACGAAAGUCAACCGGAAACCUAUCUAAACACCUCAAAAACAUUCACCCAGAACUGUUCAUCGACAGCAGGAGAAGAAAAGAUAAGACAGCAGAAAAGCCAAAAUCAAUGGCGCUUGUGGUUCAAACAAACCAUCUCCCAAACUUCAUUGCCGCCGAAGCCAUAGCGCGACCAGAGGAGUUUUUCGAAAUCGAUAUUUUGAUCGAGAAACAACUGCCCAUAUCGAUAGCUUCCUCAAGGGCAUGGGAAAGGUUUAUCAAGAAUAAGGGUGGGGCAUUGGAGCCUAGAUCAAUCCUUGAAAGGCUCGCAAUUUACCUCCGCAGUUUUGAUGAUGAGUUGAUUGAAAUGAUGAAAACGGUUGACUAUGUUACCGUGGUAUCCCAAAUACAUCAAGUCGAAAGUGGUGAGACUUACUUGACUCUUUUGGCUAAGUUCAUUUUGGACACUCGUUAUGAGGAUGCACAAGACAAAUCGGAGCUUGGAGAAACCCACUUGUUGGAUAUUAUAAGACUGGAAUCAGAAGGAGAGAGUGCUGUCGAAUUGAGAAGAAAGAUGGCUGAUGUCUUUGAGCGUUUUCAAGUCUCUAGUAAAGCUAUACUUUUGACCCGUAAUCAAGAAUGGUCCACAUUGCGUGAAGAGUGUUUGUGCGAUGGAAGUACCAAUGCGAGCAACAUUACGAAGGAUUUAAGCCCAAUUAGGUGUGUCAGUGAACUUUUAGAGAAACUUCUAGCCACGAUCAUUUCUCACAUCCGGGCCACCGAUGAAGGUAUGGCAAAGGCUUUUGACGAACUGGAUAAGCUGGGGAAUGCUUUUGAGAACUCAGGGAGUAUCAGACAGUCACUAGCAAAGUCUGGACUUUGUUCCAUUCCGGCCUUUCCCAUGGCUACUGCUAUGUGUGUCUGGAAGCGAGCAUAUAUCGUCUUGUCCAACUGGAACCACUACCACGACUGGUUAAAAUUUGAAAGACCCGAUCACAACGCUGAAAUGAGAGAAAUCAAUCGAUCUUUCCAGGUGCUCGAUGUGUCCAUCUCGUUUCUCAGCUACUUUGUCUCGUGUUGCUCGAUCUUUUAUCAUUUAGACACAAUGAUACAAACAGAUGGAUUUAACCGCCUGUCGAACGCAUUUACAUUUUAUUUCACAUUGAAAAGAUAUUACGACGCAUGUCAUUCGGCAACUUUCGGUCAAUUGGUAUCUUCUGGCAGCAAAAGCACCGAGUUCUCUUUCAUCAAUGGAAAUGAGGGCCUGCCUAAUAGGAUUAAGCGUAAAGUGCUUAAUGCCGUACAACAAAGUGUAGGCAUCUUUGCUGCGUACUUUGAUUCCUUCAAAGAAAACGAUGCCUACAUCGCUGCCGCGAUGCUCAAUCCUGCAAUGAAACUAAACGGCUUUCGUCAAUUCAUGUCAGAGGUCGACACUGGUGAUUAUGUUGAAAGGGGGAUGGGGAUUAUCAGAUGUCACUUGAAGAAAUGGGAACAAGGAGGUACAACAACGCGAAUUCCGGUUAUCUGUAAUAAUGUCUCCUGCUUUUCAAAGGAUACCAUGAAGGUUUCUUUGCAGCUGGGCUCUCGCCUGACCGAGAGGGAAGUUGGUAUGACGGAGUGGUAUUUGUACAUUAGCGACACUGAAAAACCUGAAAAUGGAAUUGAUGCUUUUCAAUGGUGGAUUUCUAACAAAAAGAGAUUCCCUUCUCUCUUUCCACUUGCUACAUCACUACUGAGCAUGAAGUUCAGCCAUGGCGCAGAGCACGAUUUUUCUGGCUUGGACACAUUAUUGCGCGGCGAUGGCAAUCAUGGCGAAUACAGACGACUUCAAAUUCUGCUUCGGGACCGAUUCCUGAGGUUCGGUCUACAUCAAUCAGUGGAUGUGGAUGAAGGUUCAUCAAGUGAAUUAAAUCAAUUUUCAAACCCUUACAACAGCGAGGAAGACUCGAGUGAUGACUUUUGA